GCAGUUUCCCUAUUGACGUUUGAAUUUUAUAGCUUUCUUGUAGUCUUUCUCUUUCGAAAAUGAAUGUUUAUUUGAUUAUCGCCGCCACCGUUCUUUUCCUCUUAUUAUCGCAACUGAAAUAAUUCUAGCUGAUAAUUCUGGAGUAAUAUCUUAACGAUGUUCCGAUGUAACCUCUUCGCUAAGGCGAAGAACUGUCAAAAGAACUGAUGCAGAAAAAAGCAAAUAAUUAAUGAAGGAUUCGUGAGGAGGGCGGAUCGUACAAAUUUAUCACUUUCUUUCUCAAUGAGCAAAUGGAUACACAAACAGAUAUCAAUUUACCGCGACCGCAAAUGACGUUGCGAAACAUGAAUUCUGGCAGUGUAUUCUAUAUGCCUUUAACAUCGUUUGCAGAGAUGUGGUAUCAAAUAUUUCUCUGGGCCCUAUUUUCCUCAAUAUUUGUACAUACGAUUGCUGGCGCAAUUUGUUUUGCUACUUUGCGACAGCACAAAUACGGCAAAUUUUUCCCAUUGCUUAUCAUAAUAAUGGGUGUACUAUUGCCACUGACAUCGGGUGUCGUCAGUUCAGCGGCAGUUGCCUUUGUGUAUAGAGCAUCUGGCUAUCAAAUGCCACCUUUAUAUGCAUUGUUUUGGGGUAUUGGACAGACUGUGGUACCAGUAUGCGUCGGAUUCACACGAAUAUUGGCGACUUUGUAACCUAUUAUUACAAACACUGCACUUGUGAUGUAUUUACGUGUACAUAAGAGCAGCAGUCAAGCGUUUCUUUUAAAUUAUACGUAUGUACAUAUAUAGGUAAGUCCAUCAUUGGGCAUCUGUAAUUGUAUUGAUGCGUUUAGUAAUAAGCUGAUUGUAAAAAGUGGAAAAGAUUAUAAUAUUAUCAAGAAAAUGAGA